CUGAGCUUAGUAAAAGAAAUACUCUGAAAAUCUGAUGUUUCAUGACAAUGUUUGUGUCAUGGACAAAUAUAUGGGUGUCCUACAAGAUGAUUGACACCAGUCCACCAACCUAGACAGCUGUUGUGUCUCUCUGUAGGCUGUCUGGCUGUCUGGUCACAGAGGAGGGCUGUGCUGCUCUGUCUUCAGCUCUGAGGUCAAACCCCUCCCACCUGAAAGAGCUGGACCUGAGCUACAAUCACCCAGGAGACUCUGCAGGGGGACUGCUUUCAGCUGCUCUGGUGGAUCCCACAGAUAAACUGAUGAAGCUGAAUGUGGAUCAUGGUGGAGAGUUCAGGCUGAAAUCAGGGCUGAGGAAAUAUGCAUGUCAUCUCACCCUGGACCCAAAUACAGCAAACCCAAACCUGAUACUGUCUGAGGGGAACAGGAAGGUGACACGGGUCGAGGAGGAGCAGCAUUAUGAAGACCAUCCAGACAGAUUUGACCAUCAUCCCCAAGUUCUCUGCAGAGAAGUCUUAUCUGGAUCUCGUUAUUACUGGGAGAUGGAGAGGGAUGAUGACAUGGCUCACAUUGGUGUGGCGUACAAAGGAAUGCAGAGGAAGGGAGAGGAGAAGGACAGUUGGAUUGGAUACAACAGGAAGUCCUGGUGUUUAUUCUGCUCUGACAGAGGUUAUGCCUUUUACCAUGCUGGAGUCAUCAGAUUCUUCCCUGGUCCUAUUUCUAACAGAGUUGGAGUGUAUCUGGACUGGCCAGCUGGUACUUUGUCCUUCUAUAGUGUGUCCUCCUCUGGUACACUGACACACCUUUACACAGAACACACCACAUUCACUGAACCCCUCUAUCCAGGGUUUGGGUUUGGGUUUGGGUUUGGGGUUUACUCCUCCUCCUCCUCAGUGACCCUGUGUCAGAUAGAUGACCAACACAUUCAAAGGUGAGUCAUAGCAAUGUUUUAUCAUGUGUUUUCCUCUGGAAUCAUUCCUACAAUUAGAUUAGUAGUGGUGUGUUUUAAUGUGUUCUGUUGGACCUACAGACAGUUAGAUUAGUAGUAGUGGU